UAGCCGUCUACAAUACAAACUAGAAAAGACAAGAUGGCGGCCAAAUUCACGGUCAAGUCUCUCGAUCACCUUGUUCUGACUGUCCGCUCUAUUCCGGAGUCAGUCGCCUUCUAUACCACGCGUCUGGGGAUGCGACACGAGAUGUUCACGUCCCCGGCGGCACCGACUGUCCAGCGCCAUGCGUUGAUCUUUGGCUCGCAAAAGAUCAAUCUCCAUGAAUCGGGAAAGGAGUUCGAGCCCAAGGCUCAGACUGUGAUGCCGGGUAGUGCCGAUCUGUGUUUUCUAACGGGCGAGAAGGUCGAGAAUGUAUUGCAUGCGUUUCGAGAGGAGAACAUCGAGGUUCUGGAAGGGGGUAGGGUCGUAGAGAGGACAGGGGCGGUGGGAAAGCUCCGCAGUGUGUAUGUGAGGGAUCCAGAUGGAAAUCUGAUCGAGAUCUCAAAUCUGUCUGGAGGAGAAGAGACGAGUUGAAUCGAGUUGUCGACAGGAAUGUGUGCGAACGUCUAGUCCUGUCUAGGCAAGACCCUGGAGUCGUUGCCUGAGGCAGAAGGAUCUUAAUGCCUGAGGCAGUAUACUAGUUAUCAAGACAGUGGCGCAGUAGUAAUAAGGAGGAUCUUUGCUGUCUGCCAAAAUACAGUAUUUUCUGUGGACUCUAGAAUCAGUCUCUGAGUCAUUGAAUCUUCUCAAUAUCAACGCCA